CUUAGCCUGAGGUGUUUGCUUUUUGGACUUAUCGCUAUGUAGUUGUCAGGUUAAUGUCAGAACGGAAGUGAUUUUGCUGUUAAAUUUCAGCUAAUCAUUCAAUUAUCUUAACUUAAUGUUUCCCAGUUUUUUGUAUCUUAACUAAUUACCUUUGGCCCAAUGCCAGGAAGACCUGUAGGAGAGAGCUGCCAUUUUUUUCAACCUUUCCUUUUUACCUGUUCUUUGUGUUGAUAGGUAGUUAGAUUUAUGAUUAUAACUUUUUAGGUAGUUUAUUUAGGACUGUGGUUUUAUUUCUACUCUUGCUGUUUGGUUUGUUAUUGUGGCCAGGGCUCUCCCUGAAGUUACAUUUAAGCUUCUAUAUCUGGCAAUAAAAGAUUUAAUUACUGGCUCUCAUAUUCUUCAACUAUUUUUACGGUUCCCCCUCUCCUCUAGAGCAAUUUGGAGUCGGAACAGAACCAUAUGACUGCUGCACGUCCAGGCUUGCCUGGUGUUUUUUGUCCGGCAGAUUGGAGCUCCGACGCUAUGCGGCGCUCUCGCACCGUGAGAGGAGCUCGUCCUGCCCGGUGAAAGAAGCUCUGACAGCUCCCGAGUCUGUGAAAACCCUCAGAAACUCACCGUACAGCAUUUCAACCUUAAACACUGGAGCGCACAGGCAUGCAGGCGUCCGCGGGAGCGCACUGACUGUUCAUGCAGGGAGGGAUGGACGCCUCUGCGACCGGACCAGAGCACCGCUGGGUGGGAGAGGCAGAAGCUGAAGGCGUGAGGAGGAGGAUGGUACCAGUCAGUUUCGAUUUAAUUCCUCAACUGACUGCCUUUACGCAGAGUGGAGGGGUACAGUAGUCUGUAAUCCGCUUGCCGGGAGGAGCAGGGAAAGCCCUCUCCAGACUGAGACAGAGAGAGGGAGGGAGAGUUUAAUCGGACAGGGACAGAGAGAGUUGACAGGAGUGCUUGGUCAUAUCUGGAGCUUUUGUCCUGCUGCUGGAGGCUUAAUUGAACUGACUGAUACAGGCUCUGAGGAGGACUAUCAUUCAAGCUGUUGGACUUCCACUUCACAUCAUGAGUGGAUCGACAAAUGCAGUUCAGUACCAGUCAGGUCUUUAUGGAGGAAACAACAACAACAGCAGCUCUCCUCUCUCCAGCCGUGGAAACUCGCCCAUUGUGUGUGAGCGCUGUGGGGAGGUUUGUCGCGGGGAGGUGGUGCGUGUCAAAAACACACACUUCCAUGUUCACUGCUUCACCUGCCAAGUGUGCGGCUGUGAUCUGGUGCACUCAGGUUUCUUCCAUCACUCUGGCGAGUACAUCUGUACAGAGGACUACCAGCGGCUUUACGGGACCCAAUGUGACAGCUGUGACCAGUACAUCACUGGAGAGGUGGUAUCUGCCCUGGGGAGGACAUACCACCCACAAUGCUUUGUCUGCAGCAUCUGCAGGAGUCCAUUCCCAAUCGGAGACAGGGUGACCUUCUGUGGGAAGAAGUGUGUGUGUCAGCAGUGCUCACACACUCUGAACAGCGACAAGCCUGUCAAGGUCCACGGACCAAGCUACUGUGCAGGCUGUGGCGAGGAGAUCAAACAGGGUCAGUCUCUGCUGGCUCUGGAGAGACAGUGGCACGUCAGUUGUUUUAAAUGCCGAACAUGUGGCUGUGCGCUCACGGGAGAGUACAUCAGCAAGGAUGGGAUACCUUACUGUGAGAGUGACUACCACACUCAGUUUGGGAUCAGGUGUGACAGCUGUAACAGGUACAUCAGCGGCAGAGUACUUGAGGCUGGAGGGAAGCGCUACCAUCCCAGCUGUGCCAGGUGUGCCCGCUGUCACAUGAUGUUCCUGGAAGGAGAGGAAAUGUACCUUACAGGUUCAGAGGUUUGGCACCCCAUGUGUAAAGAAGCAGCUCGGCUGGAGAGAAAACUGAGGCUGAGACGCACCUCUGAGACGGCGUCCAUUUCUCCUCCAGGCUCCUCUCCUCUCCUCGGCUCCCCUCACCGGCUCAUCUGUUCUAAAGCUGACGGUGAUGCUUUGGACUAUAAGCAGCUGGCGGCUCUGCCCAGGGUCAAAGCCAUAUAUGACAUCCAGCGGCCCGACAUCAUCCCUUAUCAGGCCGACCAUGCACACACACACCUGUCAGAUGACACUGUGGAGCGAUACAGCUGUGGACAGUCAUUGGGCUCCUUAUCGCCAUACUCUCAUGAUCUCUUGGACGGCGUUGAAUUGAGAACGAGGCGUUCCUCCAGCUCCGCCUUCACUGACUCUCCUGCGCACAGUCGGCACGGAGGCUCCCCACUGCAUUAUCUCCCCGGCAGUGAGAGUGGCAGGAGUUCACCUUAUCACAGACAGCCAGAGCCCAGGUGUGUCACACCCACCACCACCUACCAAGCCCCCAAGCAUUUCCAUGUGCCAGCUUCUGAGGAAAGCAACAUCUACAGGAAACUCCCUAUCUAUAAGAGACAAGACAUCUCUCCCUCGCCAAUAGCCAAUAAGAGUAAGACCAAUGAGAACCUCGUCAAUUCCAGUCGCCUUUCCACUUCCAACUGUAACAGCAUUUAUCACCCGGACUCCAACUACUACCCAUAUACUGGCUCUCCAAAAGUCUCCAGGGUGAGGAGGUUUUCGUCUGGAGGAGAGGAGGAUGGAUGGAAUCACAAUAUAAACAAGGGAAUUGGCAGAAUGAUCCUGAAGGAGGAGAUGAAGGCGCGGUCAGGUUGUCAUGACAAUGAUCAGUGGGGGAGCAGACGCAGUUCCCGCUGUAGCAGCAAGGAGGCGCUGAACACUCUGGGAUUUAGCUCCCUCAAUGGCUCUCCCAGGUCUGUCUACAGUGCAGACAGCGACUCAUACAUUGCCAAAUCGGCCUCGUUGCCAGGCUACGGCAGAAAUGGACUAAACAGGCCUGGGAGUGCGGGUGCAGAUUAUUACCAGUAUGACAGCAGUAAUGCAGUUAACUGGCAGAUCAGAGAAUACAAGAUCUACCCAUAUGAAGCCCUAAUUGUGUCAGUCAGAGGGCAGCAGCGUCUCCCCAGUGAUGUGGACCGAGCCAGACUGGAGCGUCACCUCUCACCAGAGGAGUUCUACAGAGUCUUUGGCAUGUCCAUGUCUGCCUUUGAUCAUCUUGCUCAGUGGAAGAAGAAUGAACUGAAGAAACAGGUCCGACUCUUCUGAGAAAAUGAUCCAGAACCGUAUAACCCAAGUCAGGUCCACCGCCAACAGUGUGCUCUGACAAGUAGCCUCCAGAAAGGAAUUCUGACCCCAGUCUGACUCGGACGAGGAACUGGCUGAAAUAAAAGUCUCUCCUCCUUUGAGGUGGCAAGAGCAGAACUGUUGGCCUCCUGACCUCUGUGUGCUUUUAACUGGUGUGUACUUGGACUUGUUAAGCAAAAUAUAUGAAGUCAGCCAACUUGCCAAAAGGGAAAAAACUGGAAUGAGAGGAAAGAGAACUGAAAGGGGAGCAUGAAGACUUUGAGAGGCAUCAGAUGAGCCACACUGCAGCUGCAACAGACAGAAAGUUAAUGAGUUGGGUGCUUCUCUCUCUCCUACCAGCAGAUGGCAGUGUGUUAACAGGAGCACCAGGUUGGCAGUCUCAUACAUGACCGUGUGGACUGUAAACUGAAGUACUUUGUACCAUACAGAGGGUCUGCCACACUCAGCCAAACUUGCAUUCAUGCCGAAAGUGAGGGAGACAGUUUGAGAAGCAAAUAGGCUGCCUGGAAGAAAGACUGGCAAAAAGGAUCCAGUUUUAGUCACACAGAAUCCUCAGUGACUCAUAAGCUGACAAGAAGACAGGCAGACGAGAAUAGUGUGAUUCUCAACAUUAGGGUUAUUGAACGUGAUAUACAUAUGGUGUUUUUAUAACAUGCUAUACUGAAAACCAAAGGUUUUCUUCUUUUUUUAAUACUGGCAUGUGUUUGAUUUUGAUGCCAGUUUUUUUCUGAAGCCAUAUCAGUGUGUAGAGUUCUUCUCUAUGGUAUGAGCAGACUGUACAGGUCACUGAAGUGGUUUUUGAAAUAUGAUGUGGUUUAAUGUGAAUGAACUGUGUGAUGGCUCUGAGCUCAGAGAUGUUAGUUAAGUUUAGAAAUGAGGUUUUAGUACUACACACACUAGAAUAAGAUAUCUGUGUUUGACUUGUUUUAUUUAAAGAAAUCAAAGUUUUUGUCAAGUCAUACUUGCAGCUGCACUCGUGACUCAGCUCAGAAUUUCAGCUGCUGGAUUACAAUUAAACCAGACUGAGUUUGUGGAGUUUGUGUGUGUGUGUGUGUGUGUGUGUGUGUGUGUGUGUGUGUGUGUGUGUGUGUGUGUUUAAUUACACCAAAAGACUAAUAGGGGAUUUGCAUGGAUGAUUAUUCAGAAGCCCUCUGACUAGAGAGAAAAAACAAUUCUGAAGUGAGGGAAGGAAAUAGGAAGAGGUGAAGGACAGAAAAGGAGGAAGUAACGAGGGAAGGAAUGUGUGAAGGGAUAAACAAAGAAAGAUGCAAAGGGAAAAGAAGUACUCACAAAGAAUGUUUAAUCAAGAAUUGAUGGGUGUCACAACAGGAAAGUGUUCACAGGUGGAGGAUUUGUGUUUGGGAUAAAACAGAUGCGAGAGAAACUAAACUGAAAUUAAUAGGGACAGAAUGUGUUGGAUAGUUUGUUGUAAUUGAAUGUAAAAGAUGGAAUAAUGUUGCUCUCUACUGCAGGAACUCAAACCAUUAGGUGUGUGUGUUUACAGGUUUGGAUUUAUUGGAAUAACAUUUAUAAUUUGCAAACCCAUUUCUGUCACUACAACUUCUGAAUAAAUGAUUCAAGCAUCACUA